AUGCUUGCAAGCCAAUGUUUAUAUUCGUUUGAUGUUGAUUGGUCUGUGACAACUGUUGUGUCAUUAAGACAAACAAGUAAAAUCUUAUCCGAGACGUUUCAACAGCUGAAAUCACCAAUUCCAAUUGAAUUACAACUUCGUUUAGAAGAAGAUAUGUAUUCUAUUAGGGCUGUAACAAUACCAAGAAUGGAUAAAUAUUUAUCUGUCUACUGUUAUCUACGUCAAAAUACUGUUCAUGGGUAUAAAUAG